AUGAUCACGCUUCGUAUCUCAUCCAGAACCACGCCCCAAGGAUUACAGAGGGAUGAUCUCAAGGCCAGACUCAUUUAUCAAAGCAUGGCUCGGAGCACCGAAGAGAAGAUAGCUGAACUGCAGAACUUAUACCCGGACUAUGGCGUGGACGGUUUACUGGACGUUCUUGUUAGCUGUGGCGGCUCGUUAAAGAGAUCAGCUCAGUUGUUAGGCGACACUACAACACCAGAGUCUUCGUCCAAGAGAUUCAAGUCGAGACAACAGCAAACCCUCAACCGGUUUCUCGACGUGAGGUUAUUACCAAAGGCAGCUAUUAAAACAAAUGGGUCCAAAGCAUCACGUCCUAUAGAGCUUCACUCUAAAGAAGAUGUUGAGUCAACACUCAAAUAUUGCACAUACCACCCAAACGUGCUUCCGCUCGAACUUGCGAACAAGCUGCUUGAGGCGCUUUCGAAAGAUACAUCUUUCAAACCUAAUGAAUUCUAUCUUUUCGGAAACAAAUGUAUUUCUAACUGCAAGUCUCGUAUCUUUCUUCCUGAAAAUCGUAUUGAGCCUUUCUACUACAACGGGAAGCGGGUUGAAAGCUACAGUACAUACUCCGAUGAGAUCAUGAUGGCGCAGAUCCUGGUUGAGGAACUAGUCAAUGAUGUACUCUCUCAAAGGACAGCACUUCCAUUCCAGGUCGAGGCAGGAAAAUGGGAGGUCCAAGCAGUUCUUUCAAACUCCUACAGUAGAGACAGCAACCUGGAUUGGCAUUCAGACCGCCUAACUAACAUUGGGCCUCACGCUAUCAUAGCGUCUUUGUCAUUAGGGUUCACGCGUGAGUUCAGGGUCCGUAGAGUACAUCCUUCGAACUCCUCAACAUAUUCGCUGCGCCCUCAACACAACUCUUUAAUAAUUAUGCAUGCCGGUUUCCAAGAGGAGUACAAGCACUGCGUUCCGUUUUUACCUAAGAACUGCAAUAUUCCGGCUGAGGACGUUCAUCCAAUCUCAAACGACGUGCGAGUUAACUUGACUUUUCGCAAUUACGCAUUAACCACUAAGGUUUUCUGUAAAUUAUGCGGCUUCCCCAUGGAUCUCAGGAGGUCAUUCAAAGACCCUUCUAAGAGAGGUCUGUACAUUUUCCAGUGUUCCAAGAGCUACACGGAAGAAAACAGCUUUAAAGAGGGAAGAGAAUGCAAGGGAUUUGCAUUUGCAUGCUUCAAAAAAAAACCCCCAUUCACAGAGUUUGAAACCGACGGUUCCCGUUGGAUCGCGGACGAUGAUUUAGAAGCGAAACAGGCCCAGCGUCAACUUAAGUAG